UAUUUAUAAAUAAAUUUAAUGGAUAAUGGCCCAUGGUAUUCAAAAUAGGAGAGUAGUCCACUUAAAUUAUCAAGAAAUGCUUCGAUAACUUCUCCUAGAAGAAUGGAUAAUUCAGAAUUCAAAUUAAUAAGAGAGUACAAUAGUCAAGUCUCUAUUCCUGAACAUUAAAUACUGUCUUUUGAUCAUUUGUUAGAUGAUAUAAAUUUUGGAUAGUUUUAAUACUGGAUUUAUUGUAUUAUGGCAUUGAUGAGCAUUAGUGAAGGAGCUUAGAUAACAAUAUUUACAUUAAUGGUCCCAAUAUUAAAAAAUGAAUGGCAUAUUUCUGAUUCAUUAAAUUCACUUUAAGCAAGUUUUGUUUUUGUAAAAAUAUCAUCUUAAUUAAGGUAGGAUACUUAGUAGGAUCAAUGUUGUCAGGACAAUUAGCUGAUAGAGUAGGUAGAAGGAAACCGUUUCUAAUUAGCUCUUUUUUUACAUGUUUGUUAUCUUUAGGUACAAUAGCUUGCUAAGAGAUUUAUUCGCUUUUAGUUGUUAGAGCAUUAUUAGGAAUUUUAGGUAUAAUUUAUAAAAAUAAUAAAUAAAUAGUUGGUCUAUUUGCGCCAUGUGGAGUAACAAUGAUUUCUGAGAUUACUCCUGGUCAUUUAAGAGGAAGAUACAUGGGAUUAAUAACAUUGACAUUUGCAAUAGGUUAAUUAUUUGGUUUAUUUGUUGCUGAAUUUACAUUAAUAUCUUUGGAUGAAGGCAAUUGGAGAUUAUUAACUUUUUGGUGUUGUUUACCAGGUUUUUUAGCUUGGUUUAUUAGUUUAUUUAGAUUGAGAGAGAGUCCUAGAUUUGCGUUAUUAAGUGGUUAAAAAGAAUUAGCAUACAAUAUUAUAGAUGAGAUGAUUCGAUUAAAUGGUUCUUAAAUCUAAUUUAAUGAUGAAAUGAAGAUUAAAUUAUCAAAUUGGACUCAUGCUAUGAAUAGAAUUGCGAAAAAUUAAAAUAAUGUAGUAAAUAUCUUUAUCUUAAGGCAUCAGUUAUGUCACUGUUUGAAAAUAAUAGAUUCUUUUUGACUAUUUUAAUUUGGUUCAAUUGGUUCAUACUUUCAUUUAUUUAUUAUGGAAUAGUACUUUUAUUGCCAGAUAUUUUAUCACAUAUUGAAUCAACUUAAACAGGAAGGGAUAAAAUUAUUUAAUUAGUGAUUUCAUGUAUCAGCGAUAUUUUAGGUGCAGUAGCAGCUGCCUUCUUUAUUGAAUUAAAAGGCUUCGGAAGGAAGAAUUCUUUAAUUAUAUUCUUUACAAUCUAAGCCAUAACAGCAAUCUUGGCAUUUUAUGAUGUUGAACAUCAUUUUAUAUAUUGGGCAACUGCUUCUAAGUUUUUCUUAUCAAUGACAUUCAUAUUUUCGUAUUCAUAAUAAAUUAAUUUUAGAUUUUAAUAUACAGCUGAAGUAUAUCCAACCAAAAUCCGAACAACAGGAAUAGGUAUGGCCAAUGGAAUUGGAAGAUUAGGAGGAGUGAUUAUGCCAUGGAUAUGUAUGUACAUGAAUAGCUAACAACUAAGAAGUCCUUUUAUAUUAUUUUCCAUUCUCUCUAUUAUUACGUCAUUUUCAAAUUGUAUGUUGCCAUUUGAGACUUUAGGAAAAGAAUUGGAAUGACU